GGGAGAUCGUAGGCUUGGGGAAUUUCUCAUUAUGUCACUUGAAUUUAUACUUUAUCACGGCGUUUUUUCUUUUGAUGGCUCCCACUUCCUCCAGGUACAGGGGGUUGCGAUGGGGACUUCUUGUGCCCCAUCGUAUGCCAACCUGUACCUGGGGGAGUGGGAGAAGCUAUUUUUGACCAGCACCCCUGUACAACCCUUCAUUCAUCUUGUAUCGGGAUGGUACCGAUACAUAGAUGAUGUUCUUAUGAUCUGGGAGGGUUCCAUUCCAGAGCUUGAGCUGUUCAUGACCAUCAUGAACCGCAAUGAUUUCAACCUCAAAUUCACAAUGAAUUUUAGUAGCUCUAGAAUUGCCUUUCUUGAUGUUACCUUGAUUAAAGGUCCUGAUGGGACCAUGUCAACGGGGCUUCACAGAAAACCCACAGCGGGUAACACCAUUUUACACGCCACCAGUGCCCACCCUUCUCCAUUAAUAAAAUCAAUACCUUAUAGCCAAUACCUGCGCCUUAAGCGAAAUUGUUCGACGCAAGAAGAUUUCCUUCUAGAGGCGGCAGGAUUAAGAGAUAGGCUAUUACUCAGAGGUUAUUCUAAGAAAAACUUAAAAAGAUCUUUUCAACGUGCCAAUGGGCAUUUACGGCCACUCCUUUUGACUAACAAAGAAAAGAAGUCCUCUGAUAACAACGAGGGUGUUAGGAUAAUCACCAAAUACCACACCCAACAUCAAGUAACUAGAAAUAUUUUGAAACGGUUUUGGCAUUUGCUUUUGAUCGAUCCCCAAUUGGGACCGUUCGUAUCAAAGGAACCGUCGAUUACGUAUCGCCGAGCCCAAUCACUUAGGGACCAUCUCGUGACAAGCGAGUAUAAAGGUACCUUUAGAUGUGAUCCAUGUAAGAGGAAAGGCACCUUCACUUGUGGAGGGUGCUCUAUUUGCCGUUAUAUCAAUUCCGAUCGGCAAAUUGUUCUACCUAAUGGUCAGCUCCAUAAACCCAGACACUAUGCCAAUUGCAAAACCUUUGGUGUAGUGUAUUUGCUAACUUGCCAUUGCAAGAGGUUUUAUGUGGGCAAGACCAAACUACCCUUCCACAAACGGGCAUCCCGUCAUCUGCAUGCCAUGCGUACGGCCAAUCCUGAUCUACCCCUCGGGCGUCAUAUUCUGACUGAACACGAUGGACACUUUCUUGGGGUCAAAUUUUUGAUCCUUGACAGAGUCCAUCCUAACCCCAGAGGGGGUGAUUGGAACAAAAUUCUGUUACAACUCGAAACCCGUUGGAUUGCGGAGCUAGAGGCCAACCACCCUCCGGGUCUAAAUGAACAGAUUAGCUUUAGACCCUUCUUGGAGGGCUUUUCAUCUGGGGGGUGUGAGAAAGAUUGAUAUGAGAUUAAAUUGUUUGGUGUUUUUGCUUCUUUGUAUUUUGUAUUUUGCAUUCCAUGUUUCUCGUUUUUUUGCUUUCAUCUUUGUGCUCAUAUUGAUGAUUUAUAUAUUUACUAUCAUGUCCUUGUAUCCCCUGCGCAUUCCCAUUUUUGGGGAUUUCACUUAGGCCCAGAAUUGAUGUCCGAGCGGUGUUUGUCUCGCUAUAUAUAGCUGGGCGCACGUAAGCCGUCCCCCUCUUAUGGGACGGCUUUCUCAGACCUGGUCCCCCCGCACCUUUCAGGUGUCGUUUGACCAUGGGUCUAUACCUGCGCCCAUAACAGGGACUUGGAAAUUACAGGGGUUAUUAUCUAUUCCCCCUUGAGUUUCCUAUAUGUCCCUGGAUCUCUCUCCCCUUUGUCCUUGUCCACAUUUCUACUAACUAAAUAUAUUUGAUUAUUUGCUGUGUGUCUUUGGCCUAUCGCAUUUAGAACUAUGCCGUUUGUAUAUUCAAAUGGUUUUGUCUAAAGUUUCAUUCUCUAUCAUAUACUCUGUGCUUGGUAUUUUUUCCCCAGCAGUUUUUGUAACCCAUAAUUACUUUCCAGUAAAACGUUUUCUGCAGACAUUUUUCUUGUAACCUCCUUUUUGUACUGCCCUCUUCUUUUGCAAUAGCCUAUUUCCAUCCAGCAAUUGUUUUGUCUUUAUUUUUGUGUCGGGUUGUCACUUGGCAGUUUUCUCCUGCCUUUCCUCGAUACUACGACGUAUCACACGCCGUGACUCCGCCCCUCUGGGCGGCGCUGUUAUGGUUCUGUUUCUAUGAUCGGCGUCUCUUUGCCCCGCUCGGCCACGCCCCCUUCUUUUCCUCGAUGCUGCGACGUAUUAUGUGUCGUAACUCCACCCUUUUGGGCGGCGCUGUGUUGCCAGUGUCUCUUCGUCCCGCCUGGCCACGCCCCUUUGUCAUGACGCAAUUGCGUCUGUCUAUCACCAUCCCCUCAUUACAGUUGGCCUAUCAUGUCCUGCCUGAUCCCUCGGACCACGCCCACUAUACUAAUGCCCGCCUUGCUGCUUCCCUAUAAAAACGUUCAGCCGCCCAGUAAUGUCAGACACUGCUGGACGGCAGUGGUACUAGCGGCACGUCCUUGGGCUAUAUUGAGUGUCCAUCCCAUGUAAGCAACCUUUUACUCUAGACCUCUCCAUUCAUUUUUGCCUUCAAUCCUCACUCGUGUUUUGUUUUUCUAUUUUAAUGCCUGUUCCUAUCUGCCAUCCAUUGUAUUCACAGGCUGGAGCUUUGCUUAGCUCUCUACUGACACCUUUGGCCAAAUAUAAUAUUGACACACUUCUGCAAACCUCAGGUAUGCAGUUAUUUAUAUAUAUUUUAGAUAUUUCUUUUUGUAAAUGGUUUAGUAUUUAACUAUAUUCAUACUCAUCCUGUCCCUUAUUUAUAGACAGGUUUUGUAUAUUAUUACAUGUCACUUUGGGACUAUAAGGGCUUGAGAUCUUGCUAUAUGCGAUUCUGCACCGCCGGCUUCCUUCCUCCUAUUUUCCAUCCAGAGGAAUCUUCUGCGUCCUAACAGUGGUGUCCUUUUUCUGGGAUGCGCAGGGUUGAUUAAACGCUGUGAGUGAAAAGUGGUUCCUAUAUAUGUUGACUACACACAUUUCGGCCCCUGAUGAAGGGUAAUCCGAAACGCGUAGGGCCGUGUACGUCUUCAUGGAUGUUACUUUUUAAUGA